AUGGACAUCAAGUUGGUCGCCAUAUUUUUCAUCCUUGUUUGUAGUGUAAGGGUGAUCAGGACCACUCAUCCUGAAUGCUCCAUUGUCCUCCACCUCUUGGAGAAAGAGGGCGAGUGCAAACUCCAGAUGAGGAACACCAAGGCACUGUCCUUGUCAACUCCUAAUAACACUACAGGUUGUCUGGUGGAGUGGGAUGGUGUGAGCUGCUGGCCCGCAGCCCUAAAUGGGGAGAGCCUCUCCGUAUCGUGUCCUCUGAUCCUCUUGAAGCCAGACUCUCCCCCAGCUCUAAUCACACGCAACUGCACCCCCGAAGGAUGGAGUAAGCCAAGCUUGCCAUAUUACAAAGCCUGUUACUUUGAGGACAGCAGUGAAGAAGAGGAGGAGACUGGGGAUAAGCAAAAUUACUUUGCUACGGUGAAGAUCAUUUAUACUGUGGGCUAUGGGUUGUCGCUGGCAUCGCUCUUCAUUGCCAUUCUGGUCUUCUGUAUCUUCAGGAAGCUGCUGUGCAUCAGGACCUCCAUCCACCUCAACCUGUUUUCCACCUUCAUCCUCCGUGGCCUGGCCGUGUUUGUGAAGGACGCCGUACUGUUUGCAGACGAGAGCAUGGACCACUGCACUGUCUCAACGGUAACUUGUAAAGCAGCAGUGACUUUCUUCCAGUACUGUGUCUUGGCCAACUUCUUCUGGCUUCUUGUAGAAGGCUUGUACCUGCAAACUCUGCUGGUAUUCACCUUUGCGCAGAAGAGAAAACUCUUCUGGUUGUACACUGGCAUAGGCUGGGGCACUCCCUCAGUGACCAUCAUAAUUUGGACCCUGCUGAAGAGUCAGUUUGACAAUGAAGGAUGCUGGGACAACCUUGACAGUGCCUUGUGGUGGAUCAUCAAAACUCCCAUCCUCUUAUCUGUCUUUAUCAACUUCGUGGUGUUUGUGAACAUCAGUAGGAUCAUCAUUCAGAAGACCAAGUCCACAGACCAGAAUGGAAGUGAGGGACUUCAGGUCUACAGGAGGCUGGUGAGAUCCACCCUUCUUCUCAUCCCUCUGUUUGGAGUGCACUAUGUGGUCUUCGCCCUCUUACCUGAGCAUGUGGGUGUAGGGGCCCGACUCUCCCUGGAGCUGGUCCUGGGCUCCUUCCAGGGGUUUAUAGUUGCAUUGUUGUACUGCUUCUUGAAUGGGGAGGUACAAAAUGAAAUUCGAAAGGCGAUGAAGGGGUGUCGUUCUCAGACAGGAAACAAUGUCUUCAAUCUGGCAACCCAGGACUAUGUAGCCUAGACUCAGGGUGGUGAUGACUAUCUUAGAUGGUUUAUUAUCAUUGAAUAACUUAAGUCUAAGGACAAAUACAGUGCAUUCGGAAAGUAUUCAGACCCCCUUGACUUUUUCCACAUUUUGUUACGUUACAGCCUUGUGAAAAAUGUAUUACAUUUUUUUUUCACUAAUCAAUCUACACACAAUACCCCAUAACGACAAAGUGAAUACAGAUUUGGGGGAAUUUUAGAACAUUUAUUAAAAAACAGAAAUACCUUAUAUAAGUAUUCAGACCCUUCGCUAUCAGACUUGAAAUUGAGCUUAGGUGUAUCCUGUUACCAUUGAUCAUCCUUGAGAUGUUUCUACAACUUGAUUGGACUCCACCUCUAGUCAAUUUAAUUGAUUGGACAUGCAUUGGUAAGGCACACACCUGUCUAUAUAAGGUUCCACAGUUGACAGUGCAUUUCAGAGCAAAAACCAAUCCAUGAGGUCGAAGGAAUUGUCCAUCGAGCUCCGAGACAGGAUUGUGUCAAGACACAGAUCUGGGGAAGGGUACCAACCUUCUUUUGCAUAAUUGGCCUCCAUUAUUCUUAAAUGGAAGAAGAUUGGAACCACCAAGACACUUCCUAGAGCUGGCCGCCUGGCAAAACUGAGCAAUUGAGGAAGAAUGGCAUUGGUCAGGGAGGUGACCAAGAACCAGAUGGUUACUCUGACAGAGCUCCAGAGUUUCUCUGUGGAGAUGGGAAAACAUUCCAGAAGGACAACCAUCUCUGCAGCACUCCACCAAUCAGGCCUUUAUGGUAGAGUGGCCAGACGGAAGCCACUCCUCAGUAAAAGGCACAUGACAGCCCGCUUGGAGUUUGCCAAAAGACACUAUAAGACUCUCAGAACAUGAGAAACUAUAUUCUCUGGUCUAAUGAAACCAAGAUUGAACUCUUUGGCCUGAAUGACAAGCGCCACGUCUAGAGGAAACAUGGUACCAUACCUACGGUGGAGCAUGGUGAUGGCAGCAUUAUGCUGUGAGGAUGUUUUUCAGCGGCAGGGACUGGGAGACUAGUCAGGAUUGAGGGGAAGAUGAACGGAAAGUACUGAGAGAUCCUUGAUGAGAAUCUGCUCCAGAGCACUCAGGUCCUAAGACUGGGAUGAAGGUUCACCUUCCAACAGGACAACGAACCCAAGAACACAGCCAAUACAAUGCAGGAGUGGCUUUGGGACAAGUCUCUGAAUGUCCUUGAGUAGCCCAGCCAGAGCUCGGACUUGAACCCGAUCGAACAUCUCUGGAGACCUGAAAAUAGCUGUGCUGCGACGUUCCCUAUUCAACCUGACAGAGCUUGAGAGGAUCUGCAGAGAAUAAUGGGAGAAACUCCCCAAAUAGUGUCAUAACCAAGACUCGAGGCUGCAAUCACUGCCAAAAGUGCUUCAACAAAGUGCUGAGUGAAGGGUCUGAAUACUUAUGUAAAUAUGAUAUUUCAGUUUUUUUAAUACAUUUUCUAACAUGAAUGAAAACCUGUUUUUGGUUUGUCAUUAUGUGGUAUUGUGUGUAGAUUGAUGAGGGGGAAAAACGAUGUAAUCCAUUUUAGAAUAAGGCUGUGACGUAAGAAAAUGUGGAAAAUGUCAAGGGGUCUGAAUACUUUCCGAAUGCAAUGUACCUCUGUCUGUCUUGGUGAUUAUUGUAUGAGGCUACACACAUGGUAAAAUGGGUAAAACAACAAAAAUAAUUCACCCACAUUUGUGUUGAUGACUGAUAAUUGUGGCGAUGACAAUUUAGCUAGCGUAUCACUUUUGUUGUUAUAUCCUACACUUGUCCAUCAGAUCAUUGAGCCAUGAAGUAAAAAACUGGAGAUUUGCAGUUCUAGAAUACCUUUCCUGUUUUUAAAUAUUUAAUACAUUGACACAAAUAUUUUCUUUAACACUAUACCAAUGGCAUUUCACAUAUUUAUGACCAUUUAUAUAAUACUGUGGCUUAAGCAUAGACUGUAUAUUGUGUAGUGCUUGAAGUAGUCGACAGGUGGAUAGUUUUAUCAUAACUCGUCAUUUUCUGUCUUUACUAGAGGAUGUGAGGAUGGCACAAUCUGGGGGCAGUUCCUUACCAAUCAGUGACAUUAAUUCCUCAAUCAAGUAUAAGGGAGGAGCAGAAAAUCAGCCCUCCGUGGAAUGAGUUUGACAAGUGAUGUAAAGGAACAACCUCCAAAUGUAUUUGUAUUUUGUUUUCAUAAAAUGCAACUAACUGGAUUCAUGUCAACUGUGUAAGACACUAUAAAAGCCAUUUUAUUUUUACAA